AUGUUUCGGGCGUUGCUUGAUUCUGGAGCUACAAAGAACUUCGUUAGAGCAGAUCUUAUGCCGUUCCACGACGUGCAGCCCGAUCCGUGCAUUUAUACCUUGGCGUGUGGGGAAGACGCCGUCAGAUCGAAAGGGAUAGUCAGGCCACUAUACACACCGGAGAUCGCGAUUAUAACUGCAGGAAGAGGCGCGAAUGGAUUACCAACGGCGUUGUACGUACGUGGGGAACGCAGACCGAAGUACCAUAUUCUGGAUACCACAUAUCAGGUCAGAUAUGGAGACAACGCAGAACCAAGAACUAAUAGUUCCUCAACUCGAUGUUCCAGUGUAGCAUCGAGUUUUUUUAUGCCAAUUUUGGCAGAGUUUUUAGACAUUUUUGCACCCCCGUCGGUCAAUGAUAUCACGAAACAUUCCAUCGAGGUUACAGAUAAUCGGCCGAUUAAUCAACGACCUUAUCCUUUAAGUCCGACUAAAACUAAGAUACUAUAUGAGCAACUCGAUGAAAUGUUAGCAAACGGUAUUAUUGAACCAUCUACUUCACAAUACAGCUCGCCACCGGUCCUGGUGGAACGAGCAGGCAAAGCUCCUAGGUUCUGCAUUGACUAA